AUGGGCGUUGCCGGCACCCGCGCCGACUCGCAGGCCUCGCAACCUCCACCAAUAUCCAAUGACAAUGCCGCUUCCGAAACGGUCAGUGUGCACGCCGGGGCGGGGUGUUUUACUCGCGUGCCGGAGUCAGACCCUUUAGUACCUGGAGGGAUGGGGGCAAGUUAUAGAACGCCGAGCCGGUCAUUUUAUCACCGCUCAUUCCACAAUGCUUCCGAUCCGGCGCACUACUCCUCUCAUGGCCUUCGUGAACAGUCUGCGGAGUUGGCUUCCCUCGCCUUAUCCCGGGAACGGAGUGCUUUGCCACCAGCUAUGGAUAUCUUUCGGUCUUCGGAGGGAUCGACUGAUUCGGAUGCGCCAUUGUCGUUGUCAGGUCCAGAUGGGACGCAUGAGGUCGGUCAAUCGCAGACCAUCCAUUCUGGGGGCUCCUCGGUAUUGACAGCUUUGAUUCGCGAUCCGUCUUCAAGCGUCAAUAAAGAUCAGGGAGAAAGCACCGGGGAUGAUAAUGCUUUAGUUGAGCACGCCCAUACAAAUGGGGCAUCUGCUUCGGUUGAUGCCGGAGAAGGGGAUGCGAGCACGGAGCGGACGUCUUUGCUGGCCAAGACUCCUUCGAGACCCUUCAAAAGCUAUGGGGGAACCCGCGAUGUUGAGAGCCAAGUGCAUAUUCCGAGACAGACGCCUGGAACUGUUCAUAUCGCUAUUUUGCAGAUAUCAACAUGCUUUCAGACACUGUGCCAUCCGAAGUCGUGGGACCGCCGGACAGUUUGGCAGCAAGGCGUUGUGCAUCCGCUGAGUCUGCUGCCUUCGGUAUUUCUGGGUCUCCUGUUGAAUAUCCUCGAUGCACUCUCAUACGGAAUGAUUCUUUUCCCACUGGGCGAGCCGAUAUUCUCUCACCUAGGAUCGGAUGGUAUAUCCAUGUUUUAUGUGAGUACGAUCAUUUCCCAACUGGUCUUCUCCUGCGGAGGGUCGAUAUUCCGUGGGGGAAUCGGAAGUGAGAUGAUCGAGGUCGUCCCAUUCUUUCAUCAGAUGGCGUAUACGAUUCUGGCCAGGGUCGGGCAAGACAAUCCGAAAUCAGUUAUAGCCACAACGAUCCUAGCAUUCUCGGUCAGUUCCAUCCUCACGGGGUUGGUGUUCUUCCUGAUGGGGACGUGUAAGAUCGGUUCACUCAUUGGGUUCUUUCCCCGUCAUAUCCUCAUUGGAUGUAUUGGAGGAGUAGGCUUCUUCCUCGUUCUAACCGGCCUCGAGGUAUCAGCUCGGCUGCCUGGAUCAUUUGAGUUCAAUUCACCCACCAUGCAGAAACUUUUCCAUCUAGCCACGAUCCCCCUUUGGGUAACGCCGUUGACUCUCGCGAUUGGUCUUCUCGUCUUGAAGCGUUUCCUCAGAUCUAACUAUCUAGUCUGUGUUUAUUUCAUUGCGGUUGCCUUGUUGUUCUAUAUUGUCAAGUUCAUUGCGCAUAUACCCAUCGCUUCAUUGCGGAAUAGCGGUUGGGUCUUUGAUGCCCCUUCGUCUUCUAAUCCGUGGUACCACUUUUAUACCCUCUAUGAUUUUUCGGCCGUCAACUGGUACGCGUUUGUCGAUACCAUCCCGGCAAUGUUUGCGCUCACUUUCUUUGGAAUUCUUCAUGUUCCCAUCAAUGUGCCGGCACUGGGAAUCUCCACUGGCGAAGAUAACUUGAAUGUUGAUCGGGAGUUGAUAGCUCACGGUGUGACGAAUGCCCUCUCGGGAUUCGCUGGUAGUAUCCAGAAUUACCUCGUAUAUACCAAUAGCUUGCUCUUCAUUGACAGUGGAGGCAAUUCUCGCUUAGCCGGUGUUAUGCUUGCAGGAGCUACUACGGGCAUCAUGCUGGUAGGCCCCAUGAUUGUGGGUUAUAUCCCUGUGAUGGUUGUAGGCGCUCUGAUAUUCCUGCUGGGAAUCGAGUUGAUGGAGGAGGCUCUUGUCGAUACGUGGGGGAAGUUACACCGACACGAGUACUUGACGGUUGUCAUCAUUGUCGCGACCAUGGGUAUUUGGGAUUUUGUUGCCGGUAUUUUGGUUGGAAUAAUCCUGGCGUGCAUGAGCUUUGUCGUUCAAACGUCACGAAAGUCUGCCAUCCGCGCCACAUACUCGGGCAAAGUUGCUGGCUCUACCGUCCGUCGCCCUCCGAUCCAACACCGGUACCUGAAAGAGGCUGGACAGCAGACCCUCAUCCUCAAGCUCGGUGGAUAUCUGUUCUUCGGCACGAUUGUAGAUGUGGAGAACACGAUGCGAGGAUUGAUUGAAGACGAAGCAUUCAGUCGGCUUCCAAUCAGGUUCAUAAUUUUGGACCUGUCCCGGGUAUAUGGCAUCGACUUUUCGGCAGCCGAGGCGUUCACUCGUAUCAACCGAAUCUUGAAGAAGAGGAACGUGCGCAUGACGAUAUCUGGGCUUGAUGUGGAAGGAGAAGUUGGGAAGAGCCUUCAGAAUGUGGGACUGCUCGAGCCAGAGUUGGGCGUCCGGAUUUUUGAGGACUUGAAUUCUGCGCUGGAGUACUGCGAGAAUGAUUACCUUAAUGUUUUUUACACCCACCGAGAAGCGUUGUUAAGGAGGAGGACCAGCCCUCAGAACCUAGAGGUUCCAACAACGCAGCAGCGGCCGCAGACUGUCGAUGAGAUUUUUGGGUCUCCACGCCACCAAUACCUCCAGCGCGCAGCCACAACAACACUCAGCGAAGACGAAAGCGCGAUUCUUGUCCCGGCCGCUUGGUCUGCUAUGCGCCAACCCCUCCCUCUGCUCCUCCAAACCUUUCAAGGCUUAACCUCGCGCAACGAAGACUUCUGGUUCGCUGCAUGCCCUUAUUUCGUCCGCACAACAUACGCAGCAGGCAGCAUCCUGUUUCAAGAAGGGGAAGUCGCUGAUGCGUUCUACCUUCUUGAGGCGGGAAUGCUUCGUGCAGAGUACGAACUUCCGCAGGGACGGUACUUUGAGCUGAUUGUUGCCGGACGGCCAUGCGGCGAGCUGCCAUUCUUCAGCGAGACGCGCCGGACUGCGACGGUCAAGGCGGAGCAGGAUUGCGUGACGUGGAGCCUUGAUGCGAAGAAUUGGAGGGCGCUUAGGGAGAAGGAGCCGGAUGUUGCGCGCGAGCUGUUGACGGUUAGCUUGAAGCUGACGACGGAACGGAUGGAUAGUAUUACUUCUUAUGUUCUUACGACGGCGGCAUGA